CCUCCAUUCCACUGUUUAGUAGAGAUUUUGUGCUUGUUAGGUCUGCUGCUGUGCGCUUGUUCUUCCAAGAUUACCUAAACUGAACCCUAUAUUUCAUUUGUGUGUGGUGUAGUGUGCCGUUUGUUUUUUGUGUGCACCAGUUUUGGAUUUUGUGAAACGAAACGAACAUUCAAUAGAACAACGCAGCCUUGAAGAAUUUUGUAAAUCAGGUUAGCUUUCCGUGCCGAUGAGUUGGAGCUAGAAUAUCAGUCAGCCAUUGUACUCAUACACACGUGAGGUAAGAGAAUUUCCACGUGAUAUUGAUUAACCUCUUCUUAUUUGGGAUCCAUCGGUCUGUGUUCGUUAAGUUUGGCAAAUUUCAUCUGAAUUGUUUGGUCAAUUCAUAGAUUCACUAUUAAAGUUGGGGUGAGAUCAUCUCUACAAAUGUGCUGAAUCGGAUAGUUGGCAUCACUGUGGCAAGGACCACGAUAGUGGGUUUAGUGUUGUUGGAAGGGAAGUGACAAGUUAUGACCUUGGUUGACGGCCUGGCCUGGACAAGGGGUGUCUGCAGUUGGCCACUGGAGAUUGUCUCGAACAAAGCGAGAAAUCCCUUCUUCCUCAGCCUGGAAUCCAGUGCCUUCUCCAGGACUUUACCAUCACCACCACCACUACCACAAUCAGUUCUACCACCUCAACAUACCACCACCACCACCACCUUCACCUUCACCACCCUCCACCCCCCCUUUGACCACCCCUCUCCACCACCCUCCGCGGCCGACACAAGUCGUCAUCAGUUUGUGAGAGCGAGUUGCCGCGUCGCGACCGUCACCAUGCGAUAGUCCUCGAUUCCAACUCAUCCAUCGCUUUUCUGCUUUGCUUCUGCCGCUUUCCCCAGCAUCCCUCAACUGUUUCUUUCCAUCUUCUAUCUUCUCUUCAUCACCUUUUCUCUUUCUAUCCAUCAGUACAUACAGUCAGUGGUGUGGCCGUGAUGAGAUAAGCGCGGAGCCGUCAGUUCCGCCGCCGAUCCCCGCCACCCCUCCUCACCUCUCACUCUCUCUCACUGUCUCUGUGUCUCUCACCUCCUGACCGUCCGUCCGUCCCCGUGUCCCAGCAGCAAGCAUGGCUAUGGUGAACAUGAACAACCUGCUCAACGGCAAGGACUCGAGGUGGCUGCAGCUGGAGGUGUGUCGCGAGUUCCAGCGCAACAAGUGUUCGCGGCCCGACACAGAGUGCAAGUUCGCUCAUCCGCCCGUCAACGUCGAGGUCCAGAACGGACGCGUCACCGCCUGCUACGACAGCAUCAAGGAAGAAUACAGAAAUUGGACACGUUUGGUUAAGAAAAGCGGCGGCCAGUCUAGAUCGGGUCGGUGUAAUCGAGAUAAGCCACCAUGCAAAUACUUCCACCCUCCACAGCACCUGAAGGAUCAACUGCUGAUCAAUGGGCGCAACCAUUUGGCCUUGAAGAACGCCCUCAUGCAGCAGAUGGGUCUGACACCGGGGUCGCCUCUUGUACCUGGUCAAGUUCCUGCAGUGGUUGGCGGCAAGCUGCAGCUCUCCCCUGCCCCCCCAGCACUCACCUUUGGGCAGCCCCCUUUGGGCGUAAUGGCGACGACGCCGUACCUGACAGGCAUGCCGCAAGUGGGCAGCACGUUCAGUCCGUACUUCAGUCCCCCCAUCAUGGGCCCUGCACUGAUGGGUCCCGACCCGGCGGCCUCACUCGGCAUGGUGCAGCAGACUGUUGUCACCCAACAGAAAAUGCCGCGCUCCGAUAGGCUAGAGGUGUGUCGUGAGUACGUGCGUGGCGCGUGCAAGCGUGGCGAAUGCCGGUUCGCGCACCCAGCAGACCCCGCCAAGGCGGCGCCCGAUGGCAGUGUCACCGUCUGCAUGGACGCCGUCAAGGGUAGAUGCUCCCGAGACCCCUGCCGCUAUUUCCACCCACCCAUGCACCUGCAAGCCCAUAUCAAGGCUGCACACUCGUCGAGUGUCGGUGUGGGUGUGGGCUUAGGCCUGACUCCCCCUGCGCCUCCCUCGGUCUCGGCCCCGGCCCCUGCUACUGAGGUUGGCCGCAAGCGUGCUCGGGACCCUACCGAUGACAUACUACUGAUGGACAUGAAAUCCGUCGGUUCUUUCUACUACGAAAAUUUUGCGGCGUUCCCAGGCAUGGUGCCGUACAAGCGAGCAGCAGGCGAUAAGGCGGGAGUGCCGGUGUAUCAGCCCGCGAGUGGAGCAGCGGCAGCCGCUUACCAACAGCUGUUGCAGCCGUUUGUGCCAGUCUCAUGUGAGUACCGGCCUCAUCAUCCUCCUCCGCCGCCACUCACCAGCCACAGCCACGGCCCCACUGCCGCCUCCGCCUCCGCCUUCACUGGCCUGCCUCUCAACAAGCAGCCGGCAGCAGCAGUAGCCGCCCCCCCUCCCAACUACCUGGCCUUGGCCCAGCACUAUGCUGCUCUCGCCGCCUUCCGCUCCUACAAUCCUGCCGCCCCCGCCCCUGCUCCUGCCCCAACCCCUGCUGCCGCUGCUGCAGCUACCACCCCUUCCCUCAUUACCGAUCUCCUCGCCGUGGCUGUCAACAACAACAACCACCAGAACAUCAACAACAACAAUAAUGACGAAGACUUGCAACCUUUCAAAAAAAUGAAAACGACUUGAGCGUAGAACUUCUGUGAUGUUUGAUAUGUGUUGUCGUAGAUUAUUACUAUUAUCAUUAUCAUAUUGCGUUAUUAUCUAUCGAUGUCGUUUGUGUGUCUAGUGCUGUUCCUAUAUUAUUAUUAUGAUUAUCAUUAUUAUUCUGCUCUAAUAAUGAUUGGGCGGAUGCCCACCUUCUGAUGAUGAUGAUGAUGAUGAGUGACCGGCUGGCGGGCUGCCGUGUCUUAUUCCAAACAGACUACUACUACUACUAUACUACUAGGCAUACUUGUUGUUGUUUUAUAUUCUUUAUGUUCUCAUACUUCCUGUUUUGUAAUUUUACAAACAAAUCUUGCAUUUUGCUUUUCUCUUAUGUAUGUUGGUUCGUUCUUUUAGGAUUCAGUUUGCGACUCCACUGUUUGUAGAUUAUCUUUAUUAUUACUAUAUUAUCGCUUUUUGGCACCAAUCGUCUUUCAAAAUCAAAGCUUCGCAACAUUUAAUUAUUUUUGAUUGUGUAAAUAUUGGGUUGACGAGGUUCUUUUGGCAUGGUUGUUGCAUUUUAAUAUCCUUUGCCUUCAGUGUCUGCCACCCUAAAUUAUUAGGUUACUGUUUUGGCACCUAUGCUUUUGGGAUUUGGUGACAUAUACUACUUUCAUUUUGUUAACGAUUAAUCCGGUGAGGAAUUGGCACUAUAUUUCAAAUUGGCAACUUUUAGAAUUUAAAUGUGUCAGUGUUAUUAUUGUAGUUAUUAUUCAAUUUUUAUAGUGCACUUGUUGUUUAAAUACAUUAAUGAAUUUUUGAUGCAGAUUUGCUAUAUACCGUAUAAUAUGUUAUCCACGUGUCUAAUGGAUCUAUUCAAGUAGUUGAAGAUAAGUAUUGGAACAAUCUGUUGAAUUUUCAGCAAUUAGGCCUACUAUUUGUCAACAUUACUGUUAGCUUAUCAGAGUAAGUUCUUGGUAAUGAAAUGAAACUCGCUUUCUGAUCUUGUUGAACUGGUGAUGGAUAUUGACUCUUCUAGUUAGAAACGUAGUUGAAUAUCUCCAACUUGAUGCAUACUUUGUGUUAUAACUUAUAUUGUUAUUCAGAUAAACUUUUCUUGUGUAAUGGUCACUCACUUGAUAGUAAUUUCACUGUUAUGUUGCUAUAGAUAUAGUGAUAUUUUUAAACCCACAUCAAAUAGGUAAUGCAUCUAGCAACACAUAAUUGUUUAUCACAAAAAACUAUUAUCCAAUAGAUUAAUAACACUAUAUUAGUGGCAAAUUUAUGUUUAAUGGCUCGAAAUUAUCCAAUUAGUAUCUCUAGAAUGACGAUUAAAAAAUUCAAAGAGCAUAACAAAUUAUUAAUUUUAUAUUCUCAGCUUUAUUACUAUUAAGAUUUAAUACAGAACUCUUAAAUGUUUUGUGAUAUUGAAAUGUCAUUUUUAAACUCAACUAAUCUUUAUUCACUAUUAUAUUGCUUUAUUUGUUGUUUGGCUGAAGGUUCUAGCUGUUGCCUAUUUGACUUGCCAGAUUCCUAAUAUUUGACUAAAAGAACGGACCUAACAAUCCACUUUGACAAGUGCCUUCUCAUUAAGAUCCACUAGCAUGCAUAGGUUGCUUUCAGUAAUCAUUAUUAAGUGUUUGAAACCGGUUCAGGAAAUGAACAUAUUAUAAAUAACUGAGUCAUUUUAAGUCACACUGAUUCUAUCGAAAGCGAACAUUUAACCAACUUGUGAUGACUGAACUAUGAACUAUUUAAACAAAGUCAAACGCAUAUUCGAUUCAAAUUCAGUAGUUUCAGAAAUUUGAAUAAGUGUAUCUACGUAAUAAGUGAUGUGAAAAAGCCUAUUCAAAACUAACACUUUAUCCUUUUUGUGAUGUUAUUUAAUAAUUUAUACUAGUGAUAUUAAAAUGUAUAAAAUUCGAUCGAUUGAGUUAAUAUUCCAGCAAUUUUAUCGAUUGCGGAAUAGUUGUGAAUGCAGUAUAGUCGGCUUUAUUAUUGAUAUGAUUACCAUUUAUAUACACUAUUCGAGUGCGUAUAAAGUAAAAAAGUAUUGAUGUCCAUUAAUGGACAUACUUGUAUAUAUAAGUUAUAUACAUGUUUUCAUAAUUGACUAUUUAUCUGCAUAGCAGAUGCAAACAAUUAGUGUUUUAGUCACCUACCUACCGUACAGUAAAGUAGUGGGCGUUAAAACGCUCUUCGAAUUUCUAGGGAACCGAUCAGUACGUAGGAAUAGCUGUAGGAACCGAAAAAGGACAAGCCACUUGGACACUUGCCUCUUGCCUCCAAUGUUAUUAUUAUUGUUUCAAUCUUUUAUUGUUUAUCUAUGUGUGUUUGUAAAUAAUAUAUGUUUGGUCGGCUGGAUUUGAUCUGGCCAGAGUAAAGUAGCUUUAAAAUGGUUGCGAUCCGGGGCUCUCUCCACAAUGGCUUCUCCAUUUUCGGUUCUGUCAGAUCACUAUUGCUUGUAAUGUAAUAAACCCAGUAUUAUGUAUUAAUAAUAUUAAUGCUAUCAAGUAAAUGAAAUGCAUGAACUUAUCGGUUUCAAUUAAU